GUGCGUAUUAUAAACAAAUGUAUUAAACGACCAAUGCUUUUAAACGCUUGUUGAACUACACCUCAUUCGUACGCACGGAAUCGAUACUUACAGGUGAUUCCGAUUUUUCCUCAUAAACCAAAACUAUCAUUACGAGUUCAUUAGAGCCGAAUUGAUUUUGUUCAGUUGAAAUUUUUUUCGCUCGUUGGCUGAACUUCAUUUUGCUGAUUUCAGCUGAUCCAUAAAGUGCCGUCGUUUGCAUGUGACUUUAGUGAUUUUUUUUUUCUUUCUUGAGUUUGGUGUGUGAUUACAUUUCAGUGCAAUGAAACAAACAGUUUUUAUCGUUUAUGCUAUAUUCUUAUUUGCGCCCAAUGUUUUUGCUCAAAACAAGGUGCAUGUCACAGUUUUCUACGAAUCAUUGUGCCCAGACAGUAUUCGCUUCAUAAAAAAUCAAUUGGAGCCGAACUAUAACAAUUUCGCUCCAUUUAUAGACAUUGAAUUCAUUCCGUUCGGCAAAUCAAAGAGUUUCGCUCAAGGUAACGGAAUUGGCUUCACUUGUCAACAUGGUCCAGAUGAGUGUGCAGGGAAUAAAAUCCAUUCGUGCGGUUUGCGUGCAUCACAAACACAAGCGGAACAAGUUGAAUUCGUUACAUGCCAAAUGAGCUACGGAGUGGAGGGUAGCGACUUGUGUUCGGAACAAGCGCGAUUGCCGUAUGAAGAAAUUUUGGAGUGUUACACAAGCGAGUUAGGAACGAGAUUGCAGUUAGAUGCUGAAGUAAAAACAAAGCAAUUGGCUUCACCACGAGAAAUGUUGUCAUUUGUGCCAACAAUCAUAUACAAUCACCAAUACGAUCACGAGAAGCAGGAGCGUUCACUAUUCGAAUUCAGUAAGGUGCUGUGCAGAGAGAUAAAACAAAUAUCUGAGCAAAUUCCAGCCGUUUGUGCCCAUCUCCAUCUCUAAAUUUCAUAUGAAAAGAAGAAGCAAAAAAAACAACCAUUCUUAUCAUUCAAUAGACGUCAUCAGCAAAAAAGUAAACUUUUUCCUGGAAAAAAUUGUUCAAUGAAUAAAUUAAGAAAACGAAAUGAAAGAAAUGAAGAAAAA